AAAAAGCCGCUUCGUGCAUUUCCUAGUUUCCUCAGGCUCGGUUUGUUUGCCUCGCCGGAGCGCCUCCCGGGGAAUUCUAACUUCUACGUAAGCCCGAAAAGGAAGAAAUCGGCUUUGCUCCCGGCAAGAAAUAUUGAUAGUGGGAGGUGAAGCAAGCUAACAAUCAAGGAUGGGCGUCUCUGAACAUUUCUCUGUCGACAAGCAAUUCCUCAGUGCUCCCGUGAAAUCAACUGUAGAUAAGUUUCAGCUUCUUCCUGAGUUCUUAAAGGUGAGAGGACUGGUGAAGCAGCAUUUGGAUUCGUUCAAUUAUUUUGUCAACACCGAAAUCAAGAAGAUUGUCCGUGCCAAUAAUCGUAUCACUUCCCGUGUCGAUCCUUCUAUCUACCUUGAGUACACAGAUGUCAACAUUGGUGAACCGUCAGUCACAGCAGAUAAUGUUACUGACGCUCUUACACCUCACAUGUGUCGGCUGUCAGACCUGACUUAUGCUGCUCCUAUAAUGGUCAAUGUAGAAUACACAAAAGGAAGUCAUGUUGAUAAAACUAUUGAAAAGAAGAGAAAUGUUGUAGUUGGAAGAAUGCCUAUAAUGCUACGGAGUUGCCGCUGUAUUUUAAAUGGAAAGGAUGAAGCUGAACUGGCCAGACUUGGUGAGUGUCCUCUGGAUCCGGGAGGUUAUUUUAUUGUUAAAGGCACUGAAAAGGUCAUUUUGAUUCAAGAGCAGCUUUCCAAGAACAGAAUUAUUAUUGGUAGUGAUAAAAAGGGGCGCUUAAAUGCAUCCAUCACUAGCAGCACAGAGUCAACAAAGAGCCUAACAGUUAUUCUUAUGGACAAGGAAAAGAUAUAUUUACAUCUCAAUGCUUUUACUAAACAGGUUCCCAUCAUGGUGAUCAUGAAAGCUAUGGGAAUGGAGAGUGACCAAGAGGUAGUACAGAUGGUUGGAAGAGAUCCUAGAUAUGCUGCCCUACUUCUGCCUUCCAUUCAGGAAUGUGCAGACUCAGAUGUACAUACACAACAACAGGCCUUGGAGUUCCUUGAGAAGAAGGUGAAGAAGUCAACAUUUUCAAAUGCUUCACAUGAUAAGGAAGGAAGAUCAAUGGACAUCCUUCGUGAUGUACUUGUUGCUAAUGUUCCCGUUCGUCAGGGCAAUUUUCGCCCAAAAUGUAUUUACAUUGCUGUAAUGAUGAGACGCAUGAUGGAUGCGAUUUUAAACAAGGAUGCAAUGGAUGAUAAGGAUUAUGUGGGGAACAAGCGGUUGGAACUAUCUGGCCAAUUAAUAUCCUUGCUUUUUGAGGAUUUGUUCAAGACAAUGAAUAGUGAGAUCAUAAAGAAUAUAGAUGCAAUCCUAGGGAAGACCAGUCGGUCUAGUCAGUUUGAUAUUUCUAAGUAUAUUGUGAAAGAUAGUAUUACCCAUGGGCUUGAAAGAGCCAUUUCAACUGGAAAUUGGGAUGUCAAACGGUUCAGAAUGAACAGAAAAGGCAUGACACAGGUUCUUGCUAGGCUCUCGUUCAUUGCAACCGUAGGCCACAUGACCAAAAUCUCACCACAGUUUGAGAAGUCCAGGAAAGUAAGUGGACCCAGAGCAUUACAGCCUAGCCAGUGGGGCAUGCUUUGCCCUUGUGACACUCCUGAAGGUGAAGCUUGUGGAUUGGUGAAAAACUUGGCUCUGAUGACUCAUGUAACGACUGAUGAAGAGGAAGGUCCAUUGAUUAUUCUGUGUCACAGCUUGGGCGUGGAAGACUUGGAGCUGCUGUCUGCAGAAGAGCUUCACACCCCAAAUUCUUUUCUGGUUAUAUUUAAUGGGCUUAUUCUUGGCAAGCAUAGGCAGCCACAGCAUUUUGCAAAUGCCAUGAGAAAAUUGCGUAGAGCCGGUAAAAUUGGGGAAUUUAUAAGCAUCUUUGUCAAUGAAAAGCAGCGUUGUGUAUAUGUUGCGUCAGAUGGAGGCCGUGUUUGUCGACCACUUGUUAUUGCUGAUAAGGGCGUAUCUAGGAUCAAGGAGCAUCAUAUGAGGGAAUUGAGGGAUGGUAUUCGCACAUUUAAUGAUUUUUUACGUGAAGGGUUAAUUGAAUAUCUUGAUGUCAAUGAGGAGAACAAUGCUUUGAUUGCUUUAUAUGAAAGUGAGGCUGGAGCAGAAACAACUCAUAUAGAAAUUGAGCCUUUCACCAUCUUAGGUGUUUGUGCUGGAUUGAUCCCUUUUCCUCACCAUAACCAAUCACCAAGAAAUACUUAUCAGUGCGCCAUGGGAAAACAAGCAAUGGGGAAUAUUGCUUAUAACCAGCUAUGUCGGAUGGACACAUUACUUUACCUGUUAGUGUAUCCACAACGGCCAUUACUGACAACAAGAACUAUUGAGCUGGUUGGAUAUGAUAAGCUUGGAGCUGGGCAAAAUGCAACAGUUGCUGUAAUGAGUUACAGUGGUUAUGACAUUGAGGAUGCUAUUGUGAUGAACAAGUCCUCUCUUGAUCGUGGUUUUGGUCGUUGUAUUGUAAUGAAGAAGUUGUCUGCAAUCAAUCAGAAGUAUAAUAAUGGCACAUCAGAUAGAAUAAUCAGACCUCAGAAAGUGGGGAAUGAUGCAGAAAGGAUGCAGAUACUUGAUGAUGAUGGGCUCGCUGCUCCUGGGGAAAUAAUUAGACCACAGGACAUCUAUAUCAACAAAGAGUCCCCUGUCAUUACAAAUGCCGCUGUUGCAUCUCCUAUGGGAUUACCAGAUAGUGCGUACAAGUCCACGAGGCAAACAUAUAAAGGUCCUAAAGGGGAGACGACGGUAAUUGAUAGAGUAUCACUUUCCUCAGACAAGGAUAAUAAUCUGUGUAUAAAAUUUUUAAUCCGUCAAACUCGGAGACCAGAGGUCGGUGAUAAAUUUAGCAGCCGACAUGGGCAGAAAGGUGUUUGUGGCACGAUUGUUCAACAAGAAGACUUUCCCUUUUCUGAACGAGGAAUUUGCCCGGAUUUGAUUAUGAAUCCUCAUGGAUUCCCAAGUCGAAUGACAAUAGGCAAGAUGAUAGAGCUUCUUGGUGGCAAAGCCGGGGUUUCAAGUGGUAGAUUUCAUUAUGGAAGUGCCUUUGGUGAACCUAGUGGCCAUGCAGACAGAGUUGAAACCAUAAGUGAAACACUUGUGAACCAUGGCUUUAGCUACAAUGGCAAAGACUUCAUCUAUUCAGGCAUCACAGGGUGUCCACUGCAAACCUAUAUAUUCAUGGGGCCAAUCUACUACCAGAAAUUAAAACACAUGGUUCUCGAUAAGAUGCAUGCCCGUGCUAGGGGACCCCGUGUCAUGCUAACCAGACAACCUACUGAAGGAAGAAGCCGUGAUGGAGGACUACGACUUGGAGAAAUGGAACGUGAUUGCUUGAUCGCUUAUGGUGCUAGUAUGUUGAUUUUUGAACGCUUAAUGAUCUCUAGUGAUCCAUUUGAAGUUCAGGUUUGCAGGGUUUGUGGAUUGCUGGGUUAUUACAACCAUAAGCUGAGAACUGGGAUCUGUUCCACUUGCAAAAAUGGAGAUAAUAUCUCUACCAUGAAACUGCCAUACGCUUGCAAACUCUUAUUCCAGGAACUCCAGUCAAUGAAUAUCGUCCCUCGACUAAAACUGACUGAGGCAUGAUCUGCUUGGAUGUUUAGCUUACCAUAUACAUGUGAGCAUCUACAUUGUUGAAGAUAUGCUUGUUGCCAGUAUUCACUU